CUUGAAUUCAGUUUGACAUCAUACCAAGCCGACUUCAUGAUGACUGCCGGCGAACCAGCUCCCUGUCACCCACUCCCUCAUAGAAAAUCCGGAGCUCUGGACAAUUUCAAGUACAUUGAGACCAGUCCUGCUCUUGGAAGGGAAUAUCCAGGGCUCCAGCUAUCUUCUAUAAUCGAUGAUGAGGAAAUAGUCCGUGACCUUGCGAUCACUGCAUCCGAAAGAGGAGUUCUCUUCUUUGAUCAUCAGGAUAUAGCCCCAUCAGAGCUAAAGCGACUUAUCCUGAAGAUUGGUGAAUUAAUGGGGAAUCCCAAGGAAGCUGGUUUACAUCGUCACGCCUUCUCUAUCAAGGGCAACGAGGAGUUGAACAUUCCUGAGGUUGAUGAUCCUGAUAUUCUCAUUCUUUCAUCUGCUGUUCAAAAUACGAACUUCAAUGUCGCCUUGCCAGUAGGGUCUCGUAAGUUCGCAAGUUGGGGGUGGCAUAGUGACGAGUCUCAUGAGAAGUAUCCUCCUGCAUACACUGGCUUCAAGAUUGCCAAAAGCCCGCCCACUGGCGGUGACACUCUCUUUGUUUCCUCUUAUGGUCUCUACGAAUAUCUCUCUAAUCCGUGGCAGAAAUUUGCGGAGAGCUUGACCGCUACUCACCAUGCAGCUGAGUAUCUCCGACACAAGGAUGUUGGCUUCAAGUUUCAUGAUAAUGUUAAGCGAGGCCACCCGGAGAAUGUUGACCUCGAUUUUAAAGCAUCACACCCUGUUGUUCGAACCAAUCCCGUUACUGGCUGGAAAGGCCUCUAUGGUGUCGGGUGGGGGUUGAUUGAUGGUAGCUUUGAUAAUAUGACGGAGGACGAAAGCAACCUGCUGAAGCAAUAUUUUCUCCGCGUCAUUACCGACAACUCUAAUCUCCAAAUUCGCAAGCGUUGGGGCGAUGAUGGGGUUGCAAUCUGGGAUAACCGCGCCGUGCAUCACAAUCCAACAUACGACGUUGUCGAUGGAGAAAGAACCACCUUCCGUGUUGCUGGUGUCGGAGAGAAGCCCUAUUUUGACCCAAAUUCGACAUCAAGAACUGAGUUUCUACGGAAGCAGCGAGCAUGAAUUCUCUUCCAGGAAUUGAACAAAUGUGCGAAACUGACGUUCAAGCGGAUGUCCCACCUAGGGUGGUCCCCGAGUGUGAAUUGGGUGGGAGCUCAUCUGUGAGUGGCCAUAAGACCCCGACAGAGAGAUUCAGCAGAUUUUCUAUGCCAGUCUAAUCACAAUGCGUUUACGUUGCC